GUUCUACCUCACAGACCCAUUCUAAAUGGGAAUACAAUAAUUUCAUCAACAGGAAUUAGCAUUUAUGGCCCUGAGUCAUCAAAACCCAGGAAAGAAUAGUAUGAUUUUUGAGGAAACAAAAGCAGAAGCACUGAGAACGUCACCUGGAAUUUGCAGCUGUCUCUGGCUAAAAAAGCAGUUCAAAGCCAGAGGAAGGUCUAAGUCUCAGAAUUGGGAUGCUCAGCUGUUCCUCCAGCCUCUCCUUGCUCUGUGGGAUUUCCACAUGAACACUCCUGCCUGCUCACAUGGUGAAGAACUAGAGGAACCGUGAACAACCCUCUGUCAGCAACACUAGCUUCUCAUCACAGGAAACACCCAAGCGUUUCAUUCGAAACGGCAGCCUAGCCGGGAGGGGGGAAAAGACAAAGUGCAAAUGAAAGCCACAACCAACUUCGGCUACUCCAGAAACGACACCAACUGCACCAGCGAUAACAAACUCAGCCAAGCCAUUUUUCCUUUGCUUUAUACAAUACUGUUCCUGGUGGGUAUCACCAUGAACGGCCUGGCAAUGUGGGUCUUUUUUAAAAUAUCCAGCAAAUCCAAUUUCAUCAUCUUCCUCAAGAACACUGUCAUUUCUGACUUCCUCAUGAUCUUGACUUUUCCAUUUAAAAUCCUCAGUGAUGCAAAGUUGGUAUCAUGGGUACUGAGAGGAUUUGUGUGCCAAGUCACCCAGGUUGUGUUUUACUUCACCAUGUACAUUAGCAUUUUGUUUCUUGGCCUAAUAACUAUCGAUCGCUAUCAGAAAGCCACUUCGCCUUUCAGAACAUCAACACCAAGGAAACUUUUAGGUGCCAAGAUCCUGUCCACAGCAAUUUGGAUAUCAAUGUUUGCUCUUUCAUUACCCAACAUGAUUCUAACGAACAAGAAGAAAACGCCUAAGAAUGUAAAAAAGUGCGCUCUCUUGAAAUCUGAGUUUGGCUUAGUCUGGCAUGAAAUUGUAAAUUACAUUUGUCAACUUAUCUUCUGGGUUAAUUUAGUAGUCAUAGUUGUAUGCUACAUACUCAUAAGUAAAGAACUGUACAAAUCCUAUAAAAGGACAAGAUCCAGAGGAAAGGCAUCCAAAAAGACUGUAAAUCUGAAGGUUUUCAUCAUUAUUGCAGUGUUUUUUAUUUGUUUUGUGCCUUUCCACUUUACUAGAAUCCCCUACACGUUGAGCCAAACAAGAGAUGUUUUUGAAUGCUCUGCUCAGAACACCUUGUUUUACUUGAAAGAGAGCACGCUGUGGCUAACAUCGCUAAAUGCUUGCCUAGAUCCAUUCAUAUACUUUUUCCUUUGCAAAUCGUUUAGAAAGUCCUUGCUAGACAUGCUGUGCAAGCACACAGCAUUGUCAGAACUCAGAGCACAGAUGAAGGAGCAGAACGAAGGCGAUGACACAGAUGAGACACCGCUCUAGAGCUAAGAACUACCCAUAGUCCUUCUUGGCCACACACAUUUAUUGGUGGGCGGAAACAGCACAAAAUCCUGCGGAAGAAUAUCUAGAAUUUCACCGACUUCUUUAGAAAUUGUCCUACAGAUGAAGCACAAGCACCUGGGAACCAACAUCAUUGGUUGCAAAAAUGGUGAAACUAGAAAGCCUGAAUAAAACAAGAGCACCACCUGAUCACAACCUCCAUGCUUGUCAGAAUUGCUAGGAAGAAGUUUGAACUUACAGUUGGAGCUGUAAGGAAAAAAUUAAAACAAAGUCAUGAAAGGCUACAGAUGAGAUUAUGAACUGCAAAGAUUUUGCAGAAAUAGCUUAACUUGGGCCAGAGUAAAGCUCAUGACAACACAAGAUCUGGGAAAUGCAAAUAAAAUCCACAGUAAAUGUGAUUUUUAAAUACAAGGAGUUGUCACCUUGUACACAUCUGGCAGACAAACAGAAAUAUAGGACAUACGUAGAUAAGCUGUUUAUCUGUGCAGAUUUUUGGUAACAGAAUAACAUUUUCCUUAUCUCAUUAUACGCUUGCAAUCCUUAAUCCAUUGACCAAUAAAUUAACAGUUGUAUGUCAGAGGAAAUUAUUUCACAAUCAGGCUUAUCUUGAUGUGAGUUAAAUCUUCAAAUACUUCACCUUACUACAUGAAUAAACAAAAAUGUACACUUUUA